AUGCGACAGCGACCUUUCACUCAAUAUGGGCAGCAGCUAGGAGAUCCACGUCCAAAUCAACCCCUCCGAGAGGCAGUUGACGCCUUCAAACGGGAGUGGGAGAACAUCAGGCUUCCCAGCUCAGCUAACACGAACGGGGCGGUAUUUGCGAAUAUUCCAAACCCAACCUUACGCAGAAAGUCAGUCGAAGAUUCCGCAAAACAGCCCCAGGUUCCAAAUCUUCAAAACCAACCCGGGAAGUAA